AUGUCAACUGCUUCAACUGCUUUCCCAAUGUAUGACAGCCAUCGAGAGGCGAUUCUGAGGGGUGGUCUGAACGCUGAUUAUGAGGAUGACAGCGUGGAUUUACUGCAGUAUUUCACCUCCACCUGUUACUCUGGCUACGGUGAUGAUGAGAAGGGUUUCUAUGCGGUUUAUCGAGGGAUCUUUGAGCAGAUUGUACAGGAGGAGCUGGAGUCCCUCCAGGAACCUGAAGAUCUGGCGUUCCCGACAUUUGGAGAUUCCAGGAGUGACUAUAAGACGGUGGUUCACCUGUUCUACGCUCAUUGGCAAAGCUUCUGCACUCGGAGGUCGAUGGCCUGGAGAGAUAAAUAUGACACAAGACAGGCUUCAAACCACUGGGAGAAACGGGCGAUGGACAAGGAGAACAGGAAGAUCCGGGAGAAAGCCAGGAAGGAACGUAAUGAGGUGGUUAGGCAGCUGGUUGCUUUUAUCCGCAAGCGGGAUCGCAGGGUCCAGGCCCACUGCCACAAGCUGAAGGAGGAGAAUGCAGAGAAAACCAAGAGGUUUGAGGAGCUGCGGAGGAGACAGAAACUCCAACAGGCCAGACUGGCAGAGCAGUACCAGGAGCAGAGCUGGGUGGCCAUGUCUGACCUUGAGAAGGAGCUGCAGCAGAUGGAGGCUCAGUACGAAGAGGAGUUCGGUGAUGGAGCUGACCAUUUGGAAAGUUCUGGUGAUCAGGAUCUGAAUGGGGCAGGAGAUGAUAACGUCAAUGAGAAAGCUGAGGAUGACAGUGAUUACUGUGAUGACCUAUACUGCCCAGCCUGUGAGAAAAUCUUUCAAAGCACAAAGGCCCUGAAGAAUCACAGAAAGUCCAAGAAACACCGGGAGAUGGUGAUAUUACUCCGGCAGCAGUUGGAGGCAGAGGAAAAUGAUCUGUGUGCACGGUCAGCAGAGGGUCAACCUGGGGAUCAGGAUUCAGGAGAGGAUCAACCUGGGGAUCAGGAUUCAGGCAGAGACCCACUUGGAGAUCAGGAAUCAGGAGACGAUCAUCUUGGAGAUCAGGAAUCAGGUGGGGAUCAACUUGGAGAUCUGGAAAAUGGAGAGGAUCGACUCAGAGAUCUGGAAUCGGAAGAAGAUCAACUCAUAGAGGAAGUUCAGAGCCGAGUCUCCAAAAAGCAAAAGAAGAAACAAAAGCAGAAGAUCUUCAGUGAGAGUUCCCCUGAAGCCACAGACUCCCAGAGCAUCACUAGCUCUACCCCUCACUCCGAGGACAGGAACAGGGUAGUGGUGGAGGAGGAGGUGAGAUUAGCUGACAGCUGCAAACUGCAUCAAGCCCAGAAACCAGACUGUCAUUCGGCAGAGCAAGAGGAAGUUUCACGCUGUAUAGAUCAGCAGCAAGAGACUCGAGCAGAGGAGAUCACAGCAACUUCACAAAGCUUCUCAAAAGCUAAACGAAGAAAGGGAAAAGACCAGAAGAAGGGAACGAAAGUUGCUGGUGUGGAGAAAGCUCAGGAGACCACGAUUUGUGCAACAUGCAGCUCGGAGUUUGCGUCGAGGAACAAGCUAUUUGAACACCUGAAGGCGACGGGACAUGCGACAGCACAGCAUUGCCCAACCAGCAGCAGCCAGGGCAGGACAGCGAAACGCAGAAAUCGAUAAAACCGAGGCCUGGCACACAGCAAUGGUGCCAGAGGUCAGGGAGAGAGAGAGAGAGAGAGAGACUCACCCAUCCACUUGGCCAUCUCAACAGGACAGUCCUGGAUGAGGCCCCUCAGCUUCAGGUUGAUGGAUAAGAAAGGCAGUGAAUGAUGGGAAUUCUGACUCUCUCUCAGUGUCAUCUGUUCUGACACUAGGCCCUGAGGUCACUGUCUGUUUCAUUGCCCUUAUUUAUAAAAUGCCUUUUCUACUGAGAUGCAGGGUUGAUUUAUUUUUCUCUAUUCUGUAGUUCACAGACUCCAGAGCGGACUUCCUGAUACAGAGUUGCAUUACUGAUUCCAUUCUGAAUGACUGGUUACCACAAUUAACUUAACAAAAACCCAUUUGAACAGGUCCUCAUGCCAGGGCAAUUCUCUAUUCUGUGUUAACAGCUGAACAAAGACAUCCAGGGAAAGAGCAGGAACCAGCAUUAAGACACUGGUCUAAAUGGCCUCCUGCUCUUUGUGAACGUGGAAACAAAUGCAAAUAAAUAAAUAAAUGUGUUCACUGACA